AUGCACUCGGCUGGACCAGCUGGACCAGCCAAAUACGCAGUACCUAGGCCGACACCCAUUUUUGCUUUGCAGGCUGCGUGUUCUGGCCUUCCGCCGCCGGGUUUGCGCAGCGCAGCGCAGGGCGCAUCCGCAUCCGCAUCCGCAGGACGACCGACGACGAGUCGGUGUCGCCCCAAGACGCCACCCCAAGAGGCCUGGCACGGCAUUGGGCGCAUCUCUCCAGCCUCUAGAGGGAAUCUUAUCGUAGGCCCGCCAUUGGCUGCGCGCGAUGUUCUGCAUAAUGCUGUUUAUCCCACCGUGGAGCUUCAGACGUCGAGAGCCAGUGUCGAGCCGUUGCGGCGGGAGCCCUGUCCUCCAGCCAGCUCCAACUUCAGUCCUCGGAAUGGGUUGUUUUAUUUCAUUCCCGAGCCAAACGCGCCCUCCCUCCCUCCCUUCCCCAACAAACAAAGAUAUCUCUAUUCCGUCACCGCUUGUUUGGUUAAUUACUACUCGUUCUUCCUCUCGGCCGCCCGUUUUCCCCGGCCUGGUAGUUAUUCCCCAACUGAAAAACUAGACUCUGUCUCUGACUGA